AUGGUGGAUGGGGUAAAAGCGGGGCGCCUGUCCAAGGAGAUUCUGGAGGACCUGAAGCUCAACACCAAGUACUCGGAGGACGAGCUGUGCAUGUACGAAAGCUUCCAGAAGCAGUGCCCGGACGGGCGCAUUAGCCGGGCCGAGUUCGAGAAGAUCUACGGCAACUUCUUCCCCAACUCGGACCCCAAGGUCUACGCCCGGCACGUCUUCCGCAGCUUCGACACCAACGACGACGGGACGCUGGACUUCCGGGAGUACAUCAUCGCCCUGCACCUCACCUCCUCCGGCAAGACCAACCUCAAGCUGGAGUGGGCCUUCCUCUUCGACGUCGACCGCAACGGCGAGAUCAGCAAGAGCGAGGUGCUGGAGAUCAUCACGGCAAUAUUUAAGAUGAUUCCCCCUGAAGAGCAGAAAAUGCUCGCUGAGGAUGAAAACACCCCCCAGAAACGAGCCGACAAGCUCUGGCAAUAUUUCAAAAAGGGGGAAAAUGACAAAAUCGCCGAGGGGGAGUUCAUCUCCGGGGUGAUGAAGAACGAAGCUAUCAUGAAGCUGAUCCAAUACGAACCCAAGAAAUAG